AUGAAACGGCAUCACUCAUUCAACGCCGUCUAUGACACCAGAGAAGAACUGUUUCACAGAACAUGCGACAGUAGAGGAGUCGGAGGCGUUGGCCUUCUCGUCAACACGAGUUUUUCCACGAACAUCGAUUCAUUCGAACAACAUACGAGCCUAAUCGGACGCUUACGAAGAUGUGGAUCUACACCAGUUUUGACAAUCUUCGUCGUUUACGCGCCGAUGUCCAGCUAUGACGAGGAAGUCGAGGCGCUCUAUAUGGACUUGGAGAAAUUCUACAGAGAAGGCCAUACAUUCCUCAAGGUCAUUACUGGAAACUUUAACGCCAAGAUUGGACCAAGAAGAACGUCUGAUGAACGCCACAUUGGAACCCAUGGAUUGGAAUGGAACGAACAGGGUGAGCUGCUUUCCGAGUUUAUCAUGAUAACCAAGACUAUUCAUGGAGACUGGCAAUUCCAGAAGCCUCACCCUCAGCGCUGGACGUGGGAGUCUCCUAAUGGAAAGUACCAAAACGAAAUAGACCACAUCAUAGUAAACCGAAAGUUUUGCCUAACCGAUGUUGCUGUUGUCCUAAAUUUCUUCACGGGAACAGACCACCGUGUCCUUCGUGAAAGAUUCAUUUCUCGCAGAAAGGACAGAAUGUGUGGAUGCGUUCUGGUCUAUGCGGAUAUUAUUCCACCAGUCAAUUCAGCCAAAAGCCUGCAGUGA